AUGCGGCAAAUAGAGCUGCCUUGUGGCAUUGAGAUAGAUGGCGAAAGACUUCAAUACUUGAUGUUUGCAGACGACAUAGUCUUGAUUGGAAGCGAACCGAGUGCACUCGAAAGCUCCCUCAAUAUUUUGAGCGAAGCCUCCCAAUCCGUCGGACUUGUAAUACAUCCGGGAAAAACCAAAUGGAUGAAAAACAACUAUACAAACGACUAUCGUUUAUGCAUGAAAGGAUCAAUCAUUGAAGAAGUCUCAUCGUUCACGUAUCUUGGCCAAGAAAUAACGAUGGAUAAUGAUCUUACAAGAGAAAUCAGCCGGCGUCGAAAGGCGGGAUGGGCCACAUUUAAUAAAUACCGAGAUGUUCUCACCGAUAUACGGAUUGAAACUCAAAUAAGAUCUCAGGGUGUUCAACACCCAUGUUCUACCAGCAGCAAUUGGUAUAAGGUGGAAGUGAGAGCAUGGAGCACAAAUCCAAGAGGAGGAGAAGAGAGCACUAGUCUGCUAAUAGACGACAAAGGAGCAAUGGAGCGAGCAAUGUGUCGAGUAACACUAAUGCACAAGAUCCCUGCUCGCGAAAUCCGAAGACGGACGGGCGUAAAGGAUGUUAUCGAAACCAUUUAUGACCGAAAAGAGAUGGCCUGGACCACGUAG